AGAGAUGAGAGGAGCAGCUAUGAGUUUAACUGCAGCAACGAGUGGAUUUGUCAUCUUCCUUCUCUCUGUGUCAGUGGUACAGAGUCAGAAUGGCUGGGGAGUGACGUACACUUAUACUGAGAUCUGUGCCUUCAAAGGAUCAACUGUGGACAUGAGCUGCACCAUUAAAUACCCGUCGACAAUAAAUGGCCACAAUACUACAGUUGAGAAAACAUUCUGGUUUAAAGGUGAUGAAAUUGUGGAUCUGAUAACAAAGUCAGAGUAUUCAGGUCGUGUAACUUAUAGCUGUGAUAAGAACCGCUGCACUCUGAGAAUCACAGACCUGAGAGAGAGCGACUCAGCUGAGUACAAGUUCAGGUUCAUAACAAACCAACCAGGUGGGAAAUAUACUGGUUCACCUGGAGUCACUCUGUCUGUCACAGAUCUCCAGGUGCAGGUGAGCAGAUUUCAGGGGUCUUCUAACUGGGCAGAGCUGAAGUGUCACAGCAGUUGUCUUUCACCUGGUCAUCAUUACUACGUCUGGUACAAGAAUGGACAGAACAUUAGUGGACAAACAUCUUAUUCUUAUUCAGCCUCCUUUGAUCCUGCAGACAGUUUUUCCUGUGCUGUACGAGGAUAUGAGAAGUUCCGCUCUCCUUCAGUGUAUGCCCCAAAGCUUCCCUCUGUGUCAGUGAGUCCCUCUGCUGAGAUAGUGGAGGGCAGAUCAGUGACUCUGACCUGCAGCAGUGAUGCUAACCCAGCAGCUACUUAUACCUGGUACAAGUGGAAUGGAUAUCAAAACUUUCAUCCUCUCAUUAAUAAACCACAGCUUGUCUUCAGCCCCAUUCAGUCCUCUGACUCUGGAGAGUAUUACUGUGCAGCUGAGAACAGGCUGGGCUGGAAGACAUCUAAAUACACAAUUAAUGUGAAAUAUGCUCCAAAGCUUCCCUCUGUGUCACUGAGUCUUUCUGAUGCUCCAAAGCUUCCCUCUGUGUCACUGAGUCUUUCUGGUGAGAUAGUGGAGGGCAGUUCAGUGACUCUGACCUGUAUCAGUGAGGCUAACCCAGCAGCUACUUAUACCUGGAGGCGGGUGACGCUUAACCACAAGUGUGAGUUUUCCAAGAACAGGAUCAGGUUCCUGGGGCAGGUCAUUGAGGCAUCAGGAGUCAGCGCUGACCGUGAUAAAGUGAGCGCUGUAAAAGCCACGCCAGCGCUCAGUAACGUCAGCGAGCAGCAAGCAGAUACAGACUGGAAACCUGUGGCGUGUGCUUCGAGAGCCCUCAGCAGCACCGAGCAGCGAUACGCCCAGAUUGAGAAGGAGGUUCUAGCAUCAACACGGGCCUGUGAGAGGUUUGCAGAGUUCCUCAUUGGGAAGAGUUUUCACAUUGAAACCGACCACAAGCCCCUGAUUCCUCUACUAGGCUCAAAGAGCUUAGAUGAAUUUCCUCCACGCAUACAGCGUCUACGCAUGCGUCUAAUGAGGUUUGCCUACAUCAUAUCACAUGUGGCUGGCAAAGACAUUGCAGCUGCAGAUGUGCUGUCCCGAGCUUCUGUCAGCAACGCUGCAGAAGGAUUGCAGGAGGAGGAAAUCAAUCUCUCUGUUGACUCUGUCAUGGCGAGUCUCCCAGCUACAGAAAAGAGGUUAAGAGAAAUUCAGAGACACCAGGACGACGACGCCACACUCCAGCAGUUGAAGAAAUUCUGUGUCGAAGGAUGGCCAGACAAGUUCUCCAUUGAAGAGUGUUCCAGCCCAAUCUGCCAUUUUCAGAGCAACGGGGAGGCUGAGCGUGCUGUGAGGACAAUCAAAAGUCUCCUCAAGAAAUCCAGCGACGCUUAUCUCGCCCUGAUGGCCUAUCGAGCUGCUCCCCUGGCAAAUGGAUACAGUCCCACUGAGCUUCUGAUGGGAAGGAAAAUAAGAUCACCAGUCAUUCCAUCCAAGCUCAACCCAGG